CAGCGGUCAGCUGAGCGGCGCUGGGCGGGGUCGCGAGGCCGCAAGUCAGCCAGAGGCUCCCCGAGCCCGCGCCGCUGCCCCCGGCUGGUCCCCUGGUCGGCGCCCGCAUCCGGGUCCGGAGCCCUCCCCCAGCGGGCACGAUGCGGAGGAAGCAGUGAUCCCGAGAGCGGCCGGAGCGCGGGCGCGGGGUCCUGCUGCCAUGUCCCACCAACCUCUUAGCUGCCUGACUGAAAAGGGGGACAGCCCCAACGAAACCACAGGAAAUGGACCCCCCAACCUGGCUCACCCAAACCUGGACACAUUCACUCCAGAGGAACUGCUGCAGCAGAUGAAGGAGCUCCUGAUUGAGAACCAUCAGCUCAAAGAAGCCAUGAAGCUAAAUAAUCAGGCGAUGAAAGGGCGAUUUGAAGAGCUUUCAGCCUGGACAGAGAAACAGAAGGAAGAACGCCUUUUUUUCGAGAUACAGAGCAAAGAAGCCAAGGAGCGCCUCAUGGCUUUGAGUCAUGAAAAUGAAAAAUUGAAGGAAGAACUUGAAAAACUAAAAGGGAAGACAGAAAAGUCCCUUGAGGACCCCACUGGGGACUCCAGAGUCCCCAGGGCAGAAGCAGACCAGGAACUGGAACAGCUGAAGACCCAGGUGGCCUAUCUCCAAGCUGAAAAGGCAGAUCUGCUGGGGAUUGUGUCAGAACUCCAGCUCAAGCUGAACUCGGGUGGCCCCCCUGAAGACUCCUUUGUUGAAAUCAGGAUAGCUGAAGGAGAAGCAGAUGUGGCGGUGAGAGAAAUCAAGACGAGUCCUGGGCCCGCAAGAACUGAUUCCAUUGACACGAACAAAUCUACAGAAAGCUCCAGGAAUUAUUUGGAAUUUGAGAAAUUAACUGUGAGCCAGCUCCUUCUUUGUCUAAGGGAAGAAAGCCAGAAGGCGGAGAAGCUUGAAACUGCACUCAAGGAAGCCAACAAAAGAGUUUCCUAUUUUGAAAAGAAAGCCAGUGAUCGUUCUGAGGUUGAGACCCAGACAGAGGGGAGCACAGAAAAAGAGAAAGAAGAGGAAAAAGGCCCAGAAACUGUUGGAAGUGAAGUGGAGACAUUGAACCUUCAGGUGACAACUCUGUUUAAGGAGCUUCAAGAGGCUCAUACAAAACUCAGUGAGGCUGAGCUGAUGAAGAAGAGACUUCAAGAGAAAUGUCAGGCCCUUGAAAGGAAAAAUUCUGCAACCCCAUCAGAGCUGAAUGAAAAGCAAGAGCUUGUUUAUAACAACAAAAAGUUGGAGCUACAAGUGGAAAGCAUGCGAUCAGAAAUCAAAAUGGAGCAAGCUAAAACCGAAGAGGAAAAGUCCAAGUUAGCCACUCUCCAGUUGACACAUAACAAGCUUCUUCAAGAAUACAAUAAUUCAUUGAAAUCACUCGAGGAACUGAAAAGGAAAGAGUCAGAAAAAGUGGAUAAGGUGGUACUACAAGAACUAAGUGAAAAGCUGGAACUGGCAGAGAAGGCCCUGGCUUCCAAGCAGCUUCAGAUGGAUGAGAUGAAGCAGACCAUCGCCAAGCAGGAGGAGGACCUGGAAACCAUGACUAUUCUUCGGGCUCAGAUGGAGGUUUACUGUUCGGACUUUCAUGCUGAAAGAGCAGCAAGAGAGAAGAUACACGAAGAAAAGGAGCAGCUGGCCCUGCAGCUGGCAAUCCUGCUGAAAGAGAAUAAUGCUUUUGAAGAUGGAGGCAGCAGGCAGUCCUUGAUGGAGAUGCAGAGCCGUCAUGGGGCGAGAACCAGUGACCCCGACCAGCAGGCCUACCUCGUUCAGAGAGGAGCUGAGGACAGAAACUGGCGGCAGCAGCAACAGCGGAAUAUUCCAAUUCAUUCCUGCCCCAAAUGUGGAGAAGUUCUGCCCGACAUAGACACACUCCAGAUCCAUGUUAUGGACUGCAUCAUUUAAGUGUUCACAUCUCACUUCCCCCCAAACUGUUGAGGCCCUCCCGUGACUCUGGUGCCCUCUAAAGUUUUAGAACCACUGCUGUAGAAAGAUGCAGCGAUCACAAGGCUGAACACGGAAUGUUGGCUCCCAACCUCAGUUUCUGAUUCAGCAGGUCUGGUGUGGGGCGUGUGCAUUUGGUUUCUCACAAGUUCCCAGGGGCUGCUGCACCUGCUGCCCCAGCGACCAGACUUGGAGAAGCCCUGCUAUAUCACAUUGACAUUUGCCAUUUCCUUCUUAACACUCUCCUUCCUUGGCAUCCUAGGCCAUCUCUUUCCUGCAGGCCCACCCCUUACACCGGAAAACUCUGGGGCCAGAAUACAAACAAAGAUCCUAUGUGUAAAGUUUUAAAGUUUAGAGAUAAAGCUCAUAGUCUCCUUGGAGUUUCACACAGAAACAUGGCUCCAGCCCUGCAAACCCUCCUUCUCUUCUCACCUGGACUCAGUUCUGUGUAGCACUUGGCAGCCUUUCUCCAAGUGUGGGGACACCGCUGCCUGCUAUUCAAACUCCCUUUAACUCCCAUUCUACCCGCAACCCACCCACCACCAAAUAGCCACCUCUUCGGCAGAGGGAUCUGCCCUCGAAGGACAACCAAGGGAAGAGGACUUGCCAGGCCUCAAAGCAGACCCAGAGCCAUAGGGUAAAAAAAAGCCCCAGGACGAGAGCUUUGGCUACAAGGCAUUGCCCAGGAUUUGGAUGAGUGCAUCCCUUAGCUCCGGGACACUUCACUCUGCGGUGAGGGACACAGCUAGAUGAAGACCAGCAUAAGGCCAUGUGAAGGUCAGGCCCAGAUCUAGGGCUAAGCGUGGGACUGCUUUCCUAACCACUCCGGCUUCUCCUGUUAGUUUCUGUCGCUGGCUCACAUGCCUCAGGUUCUGGCCUUCUACACCAGAGGCUCUUAAUUUGAAGAGUGUCUUUGGGAAAAUAUGUGAAUCCCCUCAGAAGGUAUACAAAAUCUUGAGUGUAUGAGGGUACAUUUUUCUUGGGGGAGAAAAACCCAUUUUCGUUCUGUUCUCAAAGGGGUCAGUGAUCACUCCGUGGCAAAAAGAUCAGAAUCACUGCAGUGCAGACCUCUCCUCUGAAUCUCAGAUCUGGAGAUGAAGCUUUUCUAAAUCCUAAGUAUCUCAUUCUGAAAGCUGAAACCAAGUCUGUCUUCUACCCUAAACAUAUUCUGUGUUUCCUGACUUCGGUGCAUUGCCUCAAAAAACACCCUAAACUCCUUUCUGUGUUUCCUCCCUCCCUCCCUUCCAUCGGUGGGUCCUGAAUCUACUCUCCUAAUUCUUUCUCAAAAUCACCACUGUACUCAUUCUAACAAUAAUUUCUCGAUCGCUCACUGGAGGAAAGUUUGAGAGCUUUCAUCAGUACAGUUUUCUACUUCUUGCAUGGAUUUGGGUGCCAAGUGGACCUGGAAAGUCAAGUUGACGAAAAGAACCUUGGAAAACAAAUCAGAUUGGUCCAGGAAUGUCUACAUAGCCAAUAAGUCUUUGAUGAACCUUUAUAAUUAGAUGUAGUGACGCAUUUAAUUUUCUUCAAUUUGAUUACAAUAGUUCCUCCAUUACUGUGAAUUUUUCAACACUAGCAGUUCUCAAAAGGGGUACUAUUCCCAUUCCUGGGACAAUAUAAUAAUUUCAGAUAAUAAGGAGCAUUAAUAUUUCAUUAGGACACAGAAAAAAAAAUCAAUGUAGAUGGUAUCCAGACUGUUUAUUUUCAUCAACAUGAAGCUGAUUUUAGUUUUUCUGAAAAUGAAGGCAAACACAAUGGAUAGAGAUACAAUCUUACAUGAAAUAAUUAGCGGGGGGGAUGCAGGGCCUGAAUAGAGCCUGUGAGAGAGGGAUAAAAAAAGACUUAAAAUUGUUAUUUGAAAGUCAGAGAAAGACAAAUACUAUAUGAUCUCAUUGAUAUGUGGAAUUUAAGAAAGAAGACAGA